AUGCGCGCUGAUCUUUGCGCUCACGCUAUGGGAGAGUUGCUCCGGAAGCUAGAUGAGGAUGGCUUGGAUGUUCCUUCUCAGCCAAGCGAGUUGAACACCAACACGACUUUGAGGGAGGGUGCGACGGAAGGACGUGAGAAAGAAGAACAGCGUAUAGACCAGCUCGAGGCGGAGUUGUGCUCGUUAAAGCGCGAGAGCGGUGCGGUCGCACACCUCGGCUUCGUAGCUGUACCUAAGCAGGAGACGUUGGUGGGAGGAGAGGAUUCGGAGGAAGAUGGAGAGGGCGAGAACGAGCCAGGAACAAAGCCGACCAAGUACACAGGGGUCUAUGUGGAGGCUGAUACAGGCAAGUAUGGGGUGAAGAUCGUCGCAAAGGACAAGGAGGGGAAGAAGAUAACGAAGAGAGUCGGCGCGUACACCACGAUAGAGGAGGCAGCGUAUUGCUACGCGGCAGCUGCCCACGUGCUGAGGCCUGGUAAAGGCACCCGGAAUUCCGUGGCUUUAACACCGACAGAUAAGGCAGCUUUGAAGGGGUGCACUCCCGAAAUCCUGAAAGUCAUGGUGGAUGCCCGCAUGUGGUGGCGCUGGAGGGUAUGGAGGGAGACUUACGAAGGUCUGAUGCUGAAGGCCGCGCGAACAAAGAAGAAUGCAACGCGUGCAAAGAGGGGGAGACCGCGCAAGGGGAGUGGUGAUCAGGGUGGGGGCACGGCAGGGGAGGGUGAAGGCGAGAAGGCUGGCAAUGCGGACAUUGUCAUCGCUGGCCAUGAGGCAGAAAACAGCAGAACGCGUAAGAUGGCCCGCGGUGCAGAGGCAAAGUCCAUAGAGGAUAAGACAGAUGAAACUGAUAAUACGGGGGGCAAGACAUCGGACGCUUCUCCCGGCAGGGUCGGCAAACAAGCGCUGGUGAGUGACUCGCCCGAUUCGCGUACCAAUAGCGACGGUGCUCCUCGUCAGGCGAACCGGAAUCGAGGCGAGGAUUUCGAAGGGGGCAUACAGGCACACAUCGUGAACAAUAUAAACGCUUCCAAAGAGGAGGAUGACGAGGAUGUGGGUGACGCGAUGCGCACGAUGUUCGAAAGCAACGCGAGAGUCUCCAACGAUGCUGUGGACACGCAUGGCGAGGAAGUGCGCGUUUCCGCGGGAGUAUUCAGGAGCCUCCUUAAGUCGCAGGACGAGAGCGCGCAGAAGGUGGCUCGCUUGGAAACUCUGCUUUUGGAGGCGCUGGCGAAGUCCGAUGGGGGGUCCCGUCGGCGCAAGGCGGAGCGGCAGAGGGAUCCCGGGCAGGGAUGCAUGAACCCAAAGCGCCAGCGUCGCGGCCCGGCAGUGGCAGACGUUGAGGAGGAUGACGACGAGGAGGAAGACGACGACUUCGAAGACAUGGCACAGAUUCGGACAGCGCGUCGGAAGCACAUGCGCUAUGCGAAGUUGCCUGUUCUGCAACGCGCACUUGAUCUGCUGCCGGCCGACAAGGCUUGGAAGCGCCUAUGCGAGCUGGUCCGAGUGCAUCUGUUCUUGAAGAAGCCGGCCGCAACCAUGACGUUCUAUCCAAGCUCAGACAACAAGACAUAUGGCGUUUGCGCAGUGAUUGACAGACUGCCUCAUAGCUUCGCGUGCCUUGCGCUUGCGGCGGACAAGUCCCGCCGUGCUGACCUUAACAAGACGCUGAGCGAGUGGAAGACAAGGGCAGCUGGACGGGUCAGGGACAUUGCGCUCCCUAAGCUUGGAUUCUUCCGUGAUGAGCGCGACGAGGCAAGCCCGUGGGCAAGGGACAACGCACGGACGCUGGAGCAGAUUCGGGAGCGCAUUGGGCUUGGUGCGGAAGAGAGCGGUAAGCGGUGUUCUUGUGAGUAUACACUGCGGUGA